AUGAAGCUUUAUUGCCUGUUAUUAAUAUCAGAGAUAGCCUAUCGCGAGUGUCCUGAACUCCCUAACCCUGAAAUCGGAACCGUUUUAUUAACUGGAAGACUUUUUGGAGAUAAAGCGAGAUAUUCUUGUCCACAUGGGUACCACGUGGUUGGUCUCCAAAACAGAAGCUGCCAGGCAGAUGGCAAGUGGGCUGGACAACCUCCAGCUUGCAAGGAAAAUAUAUACUGCCUCCAUCCCCCCACGAUCAAGCAUGCGCGCCACUCAGCCCUUCCUGAACAAGGCACCUUUGACCUGGAUGCAACAGUGCAGUACAAUUGCCACACUGGCUACGUCACGAACGGGUUCCCUCGAGCCAAAUGUUUGGCUAUAGAUGGCCAGGCGUCUUGGUAUGGCCCUGAUAUUAGUUGCGAGCCCCGAUCCUGUGGCGAGCCAGGAGACGUCCCACACGGUUGGGUUACGGCCGACUGCCACACUUUUGGCUGCAGAGCUGUGUUCCAAUGUGGGCAGGGUUUCGAGCUUGUUGGCAAGGCAGAACGCUACUGCCAGGCAGAUGGUGCAUGGGCACCAAAAGAAUUACCAACCUGUGUCCUGGUAACGCAGGUGCAGUGCCCACCGCCGGAGGCGCCGCGCCACGGCAAGGCUGUUUACACAUCGUGCGCCUACAAUUCCGUCGUCUCGUAUGAAUGCAAGUACGGGUAUCGUCUUGUGGGUGAUGCGACGAGGCGCUGUGGAGCAGACAAGAAAUGGUCCGGCUUGCAACCUAUGUGCAAAGAAAUCAACUGCGGCCAUCCGGGCCAGUUAUGGAAUGGUUGGCUUGAGAACAUAUCUUCUGGGACUGGACUAGGAGCUUCCAUUAUCUUCAGAUGCCAGGAUGGGAUGAAGAUGGAGGGCAACGGUUCUGCCAUAUGUCAGAGUGAUGGCUCCUGGAGUCAUCCGCUACCCAUGUGUUUGGCUCCUUGUGUGGUGCCACAUGUCUCCCAGGGCCGGGUGGUUCUGGUAGAGAACAAAACUAGUGACAACAGCUCCAAUGAGGGGAAUACUCAGAUAGUUGGCAGUUCCACUAUGGUGCAACACGGAGACAUAAUAAUCGUGGAUUGCGAGAAGAACUAUGAGUUUCCAUCCAACAACGCUGCUGUUACGUGCAACAACGGUACAUGGACUCAAAUUCCGAGAUGUCAACCUGCCAGGUGUAAGAAGAUGCCGAAAUUUCCCCGUAAUGGUAUGGUGAUAGCUCCAAAGACAGAACAUGGUAUGAAGGCCCGGUUUCGUUGCAAAGAUGGUUUUGAGCUUAAAGGGAAUGCAAUCGUUGUCUGCUCUUUUGGCGUAUGGAGUGGAGACACGCCUAAGUGCGAAGAAGUGUUCUGCCCAUUCCCUGGAUACAUAGAAAAUGGAAAAGUUUUGCUCGUGGGUAAUAUGGGCUUAUACGACUAUCGGCCAUAUGUCAAGAAGGUAGUCAACAAUAAACAAAUAAUGUACGAGUGUGAGAAAGGCUAUGUUCUAUCGGAAGGUCCACCCGGUGCCACUUGCGUUGGAGGUCACUGGAGCCCAAGAGAACUACCCAAAUGCACACUUUACCAGCAUCCAAGAAUCCGAUGGUCACGCAGACGACGUUCCAUCCCAGAACCAGAAAUUCGUCAUCGGAGAUCAACUUAUCUCAGACAGCAUUAUAACAAUGUCCGAAGUCAAACCGAUCCUACUCAGCAGUACGUAGAUCAACUAUAUGAAAAAUAUAAUCAUGCCACUUCAAAACCCACCCUAAGACAUGCAAACUUCAAGAUCAUGAAGAAAUUUGACUUUGAAGAUGAAACAGUUCCCGAGGCUUCGAUAGAAAGUCAUGACGAGAACUUGCCGACUGCUGUGUACACUAUUUAUAACGUACAUGGUGAACCUAUAGGUCACAGACUGUAUUCUUAUCAGCCUGUGUACGAGCCUGAAGACGAAGAAAUAAUUCAUCAUUCAGAAGAAACAUCUGAAUACGAAGAUUCUGGUGAAGAAGGUGACGAAUUAUCCCACGCAACCGUUCUUAAAGGUGGUUUGUUUGAUGAUAACAACCUUGGCAUAGAUAGCAACGCUGAAAAUAUUAAUAAACUCAAACAUGAAUACUUUGAGAAGUAUAUUGAUAAACGUCGCAAAAGAUAUUUAAAUAAAAAUUCUAAUGAAAGCAAAACAGAGUUUGAUUUAGAAUUAGAAGAAGAUGGAAUCAAAUCUGAUUUGAUGACAACGAGUGCUACUGAAGUUUCUUCUAAAGUUAGACCAAAGCGUGGUAUUCAUAUUGAAGAGUUUGACACAAAUAAUUGGACUCUAAGGCCAACGGCACCAGAUUCAGAAUCAACUAAUCAUAUAAAUACAAAUCUAUUAAAAGUAGUUCCUUUGUUUAAAAAUGUCGAUAAAAGUGCAGACAACAUGACUGUUAUUCCAUUAAAACAAAGUUUUGAAACAGAAAAUUAUAAAGAUAACGCUAAAGAGAUUGCAGUGAUGCCAUUACAAUAUAAUAAAACGAAUUCGACUGAAGUUGAUAAUAUAUUGGACAAACGUGACAAGAGAACGAGUAGAAAAACUGAUAGACUGAAUCAAACAACAGCUACUAUUCCUAAAACUGGUACAGAGGGUAAAGGAGGGAGAACCCGACAUCAGGCCCCUUUGGGCGACUCAACAGAUACUAAAGAUGUAGCUGAAGGUGGGAGUGCACAAAACACCACCGAGAAAGCAAGCAAGAAAGGACGCCCCAAAAGUCCUUGCGAGCCUAUCGUGAGCGAACCUUACGUCAAUAUUGAAAUUGUAAAAUAUGGACGUGAUCCCAACAACACUUUUAGUUCAGGUACUAUAGUCCGAGUAGCUUGUGGAAAAGGAUACGGAUUGAACCUAGAUACAAACGCAACAGCCAAAUGCGUACGAGGCAGAUGGAAGCCAGAGAAGCCUAACUGUGAAAUAUUGCCCUGUCACGUGCCUCCGACGGAGUACGGUAUUUACACGAUGUCAGCUGAUCCUGGACAUCCGAUGACGGCUAGCCAAGUGUUAGGAUCUAAUACUCAGGAUGAGAAAGAGCUGAAUGAGACUGAUCCGGUACCUAACGGUCAGGUGGUGCACUUUUCAUGCGAAUAUGGGUACAACGUCCAGGGGCCAACUAACUUACGCUGUUGGCUUGGAGAAUGGGCGGUGACCAGUAUGCCUGAGUGUGUUGCAGCGCCCUGCGAACUUCCUCAACUAAACGGCGCGACUUACGAGGCGGGUUACCGAGCAGGCCUUACGGUAGCACACGCUUCAUCUGUGAACAUAGCCUGUGAGCCUGGCAGGACCCCACCAGCUACACUCAACUGCCAUCUUGGAAGACUGCAGCCUACCGUGCAUGACUUCUGCAGGCCGCUAGCAAAUUUAACUCGUCCCCGUCCAACAUCGGAGUUCCAAAGCGGAUCUGACAUCGUCAGAGAAGACAUAUCAGAGCUAGAACCCGACAUGGAUGGCACAAAGAAUUAUGAAUGCGGACCACCAGCGAGGGUCCAGGGCACACUAAUCUACCGGGAUGGGGCAGAGAUGAACAACUCUGUGGGGAUGGAGGGCUACCCACACGGCACAGAAAUUACGUUCAGAUGUAUUGCUUCCAUUAUGGGGGAGAAGACUACUUGGAAGCUGAUUUGCGAGCAGGGCAGCUGGGUGGGCAAGAGUUUUAACUGUGAAGAGAUAGAAGCCCAGAAUGAAGAGCUGAUGAACAAUAACAGCUGCAUAUUCCAGAAUGAAGAACCGAACGUAGUCGCUUUCUAUAACGAUCUACAAAUUACAGAGACUGUGGAAUUUCCUGCAGGAGCAGUAAUUAUAUCCAGAUGCAGUGACAUUGGCAAAUAUGAGAUGACCGGCUCCCAGACCAGAAAAUGUAUCGGCGGUUCUUGGGACGGAGUAAAACCAAGCUGUUUUGGGCUGAACCAAGAAAAUGAUUAUGCCAUGGAGAGGCCUCCAACCAUCUUGUUCCGCCAUUCGCAAGGACCAAUCGCCCAGACCAAUGAUGGAAAACUUCUCGUGUAUCCUGGCACCAAUCUACAUAUGGAGUGUCUUUGGAUGAGGAGGUUCGGGAAUCCAAAGUGGAAUGUCACACAUUUCAAUCCAGAGGUCGAUCGCAAAUAUCAGGAAGGAUGGACUACAGAUCCUGGAAGAGACAGUGCUCUGGAAUUUCGGCUAAGCAUCAUAGGCGCUGAGAAAGAAGAUUCCGGUAUAUAUCGCUGCGAGACCCCAGCAAGACAGAGUCACCAGGUCGAAAUUAUCGUUGAAGACGUUCACUGUUCACCUCUGCCUAUUCGACGUGGUUUAGUAGCCAGUGGCUUGGGCACACGUCUGGGCACGGAGAUCCGCUUCCAUUGCGCCAAUGGUAACGCACUUUUGGGAGCUCAUACACUGGUCUGUCGAGCUUCUGGGAACUGGAGUGCACCAUUACCUGUUUGUGAGAGUGUAGAAUGCGGUGAAGUGGUGCACGACACGCCGCUUGAAGAGGGCGAACGUCGACCGCGCGUGGCUAUCGUGUCGCGUGGCGUGGGAGGGCGCGCUGCCUUCUCCUGCCCCGCCGGCUGGGCGCUGCGCGGUGCGCCUGAGACUGUAUGUUUACCAGCCGCCGACUGGGCUAAGCCCUUCCCAGUCUGCAGAGAGGUAUCCUGUCCAGCGUUGCCCCCACCGGCUUCAGGCUACGUCUUAGGCCGAGCUCCUUACAGAGCCGGUGACGUACUGCAGUUCCACUGUAACCCUGAGCACACACUGCACGGCAGGCCUAUCCUCGUGUGCCAAGAUAGUGGCAGGUGGAGUGACAAACCACCUACUUGUGCACAGGCGUGUACAUACCCUGGUACCACAAUCUCGGGCCGCAUGUCUUCAGUGAAGUUUUACUACAAAAUUGGGGAAACGAUUACAUUCACCUGUGAGCCUGGUUACAGGCUGAAAGGUGCGCCUAUGUUGAGGUGUUUAAAGAACAGAAAAUGGUCCAACGCUAUUCCUCUCUGCGCACCAAUUUCCAACUACACGUCAUCAUCAGACACAUUGGCCAUGUUAAACGGAGACAUCGACGCCAUGUUGUCAGACGCCCCGGCGGAUAUUUUGAGAACGCACGAAACACCCGCCAUUUUGUCACCACAGAGCUACAAAGCGGCUGUAACGAGGGCCGCAGUCUCAAGGCUUUUGCGAAGAAAUGUUGAAAACUACAGGAAUAGGGUUUACAGAGUAAAUAGACUAUUGAGAAGAGACACUGAAAGAUAA